UAUUGAACUCAUGGUCUCAUGACGAAGAGCGUUGAUGUAAACAAGAAGUGAUCUUGAGUCACAAUAAAUUUGUCGUUUUAUUUCGAAAGAGACCAGUUAUUUGCUUCAAAAUGUUCAAGAGUGGUUGUAAUUAUAAUAAACUGAAGACAAAUCUUCGGCUAACCAUAAACAGAUUGAAAUUACUCGAAAAGAAGAAGACAGAAUUGGCACUGAAGGCGAGGAAAGAAAUAGCAGAUUAUAUUUCGGGAGGGAAAGAUGACAGAGCCAGAAUCAGGGUGGAGCACAUUGUCAGAGAGGAUUAUUUGGUGGAAGCCAUGGAAUUGUUAGAAAUGUAUUGUGAUCUUUUAUUAGCAAGAUUUGGACUUAUUCAGACACAAAAAGAAUUGGACCCAGGUUUAGAGGAAGCGAUAGCAAGUUUAAUCUGGGCAACACCAAGACUUCAGUCCGACGUCCAGGAAUUCAAACCAAUCGCAGACGAAUUCACAGCCAAAUAUGGCAAAGAGUUUGGCCAGGCCUGUCGAACAAAUGCAUUAAAUAAUGUCAACGAAAAAGUGAUGCAUAAAAUGAGCGUCCAGGCUCCGCCAAAGACACUGAUCGAGCGAUACAUGGUGGAGAUAGCCAGAACAUAUAAUGUACCAUUCGAACCCGACAUGUCAGUCAUGGCACAGGAUGAGAUUUUUGCAGCGGAGAAUAUGCUGAUUGAUUUAGGGGAUGAGAAGAAAAAUAAUCAUGGUGGAGGGGGACCAAGUGGGGGCAUGGGUGUCAUGCAACCCUCCUCAUGUUGUUCAGCGGGAGCUUCAGCACCACCACCAUAUGGAUCUCCAAUGAGUUAUCCUCCCACAAAUAAAGUACCACCACCAUUACCAAACAACCCUCCAGCUACAUCAGAAAAUGUCUAUCACACCCUCUACCAGGAGCCACAAGCUCCCAAUCAUGUGUAUAACAACGCUGGUCAGAAUCAACCGGCACAACCCCAAGCCCCUGCAGGCUUCCGACCGGACAUGUUCCCAGAAUUAUUGAGUGAUGUUCCUACUUGGCAUCUUUAG